AAGAAUAAGAAGCUGUAGCGGCGCCUGUAAGUGGGCCGGAGCAGGCGCGGCUUGGCCACCUCCCGCCGAAAGGCAAGGAAGGACCGGCUGCGACACAAGGAAGAAGGCCCCUCGCCCUCGGCAGAGCGCUAUCCCCUACUGGUUCCCCGGGUUCCCCGACUUGCUACGGGGCUGCUUUGUGCAUCUUUCCCCAUAGGCGUCAGGAACUGCGCCGUCAUGGCGGAGGUGAAGGUGAAGGUGCAGCCGCCAGACGCAGAUCCGGUCGAAAUAGAAAACAGGAUUAUAGAAUUAUGUCACCAGUUCCCUCAUGGAAUCACAGACCAAGUAAUUCAGAAUGAAAUGCCUCAUAUAGAAGCCCAGCAGCGGGCAGUAGCCAUCAAUAGGUUGUUGUCUAUGGGUCAGUUGGAUCUCUUAAGGAGCAAUACGGGCCUUUUAUAUAGAAUAAAGGACUCUCAGAAUGCUGGUAAAAUGAAGGGAUCCGAUAACCAAGAAAAACUAGUAUAUCAAAUCAUAGAGGAUGCAGGAAAUAAAGGAAUAUGGAGCAGAGAUAUCCGCUAUAAAAGUAAUUUGCCAUUAACAGAAAUCAACAAAAUUCUGAAGAAUCUGGAAAGUAAAAAGCUUAUCAAAGCUGUUAAGUCUGUAGCAGCCUCAAAAAAGAAGGUGUAUAUGCUCUAUAACCUGCAGCCAGACCGGUCUGUGACUGGUGGAGCCUGGUACAGUGACCAGGAUUUUGAAUCUGAAUUUGUAGAGGUGCUUAACCAACAGUGUUUUAAAUUCCUACAGUCCAAGGCAGAAACAGCACGAGAAAGCAAACAGAACCCAAUGAUACAAAGAAAUAGUUCAUUUGCCUCAUCACAUGAAGUGUGGAAAUAUAUCUGUGAAUUGGGAAUCAGUAAGGUAGAGUUAUCCAUGGAAGACAUUGAAACCAUCCUGAAUACACUCAUUUAUGAUGGAAAAGUGGAGAUGACGAUUAUUGCUGCAAAAGAAGGCACAGUUGGCAGUGUAGACGGACACAUGAAACUGUACAGGGCAGUCAAUCCAAUCAUCCCUCCCACGGGUUUGGUCCGGGCACCCUGUGGACUCUGCCCGGUUUUUGAUGACUGCCAUGAAGGUGGUGAGAUUUCACCAUCUAACUGUAUUUACAUGACAGAGUGGCUCGAAUUUUAAUAGAGAGCUAUGAACUUUAUUGACAUUUUGCAAAUGAAGUUACUUUGGGAGCAGAUAAUUUAAUUCAUGAUGGAACAUCAAAUCUCCUUGAAAGCAAACUUCACAAUAAUGGAUGUAGACUUGCUGCUAUGAAAACAUAUUUUUUUAUUUAUGAAGACUAAAUUUAUAUUGGUAAAAUAGCCAGUAGAAUAUGAAAGAAAUAAAGUUAGUAGUGAAAUUCAUUCUUCAAUAAAGAAAACACUUUGAAACUCCGGAGGACCACAUUUUUCAAGACUUCUGAUGGGUCAAGGAAAAAGAUGCCAACAUACCUGUAUUUACCAAGUACUAUGAUAAUGGCUAGAGUAUAAAAACGUUCUUUUUAAAGUUAUUUAUUAAGUUCUUCAUCGGAAGUUUUUUUUUAUAUCUGGUUCACUACCAUCAUUUCUGUUUCCUACUUUCUCAGUGGUUUCAUUGAAAAGAAAUUAGAAGUGGUUAAAGGCAGGAAUAGCAAAGGAGUGCAAACUUGGGGUAUGACUGGGGGAGAGUGGAACAUGCCUUUUCUGCACAAUAUUAAUUCCUUUUUAUAUCAGAAAUGUUCUUUUAGGAGAUUAUGCUACCAUACUUACUUCAAACCCAAUGACUACUGUCAAGGAUAUAUUUUCAGUAUAUAAAUAUCAUUUUCAUUCUAAAGAAUAUUUUCACUGUUCCUUCUUUCUUAAAGUCUUAUGUUUCACUCUGUAACUCAAAUGUAUUCUUUGUUAGAAUUUACCCUAGAUUCUUAUUUAAGGUCUGCAGUGGACUGAAUGUUUGUGUGCCCCCAAAAUUCUAAUGUUGAAAUCUCAUUUCCAAUGUGAUGGUAUUUGGAGGUGGGGCCUUUGGAAAGUGAUAGGUCAGGAGAGUAAGAGCCCUCAUGAAUGGGAUUAGUGCCCUUAUAAAAAGAGACCCAGAGAGCUCCAUCACCCCUUCUGCCAUGUGAAAGGGAGAAGACAAACAUCCACGAACCAGGAAGUGGGUCCUCAGCAGAAAACAAAUCUGUAAGCACCUUGAUCUUAGACUUCCCAGCCUCCAGAAUUGUGAGAAAUAAAUUUCUGUUGUUGAUAAA